AUGUUUUAUAUUUUCAUGUUUCUUGUGUAUUCUCUUUCCAUUGACUGGUGUUGGGAGGGUGACGUGUUAAAUUGUUUUCAAAAGAUAAUAGAACAGUGCGACUCGUCUUUUGUUUCUUAUACAAACGGGUCGCUUAGUCUUUUUGGUAAUCAUAUACAAAAUGUCAAAAUUUCGUGUACCUCAAUCUUUCUAUUAGAAAUCAAUAUUCCAAAAGAUUUGGCUUCGAUAUGGGUUUCUUUGAAUAACACAAAUUUUAUUAUCAAAACGAAUAAAAAUGAGUUGGUUAACAAAAUUGUUGAUAAAUCAGAAUUUUUCAUAUUAAAUGAAAUUUCAAAAACACCGAAAAACAAAACAUUAAGUUUUAAAAGUGGAGGAAUAACGUGUAAUGGUUUUAAUAACGAGCAUUGUGCGACUUGUCAGAGUGGCAAAAUGAGUUGCAAAUUAUGCGUAGAUGGGUUUAGCCCCAUGUAUGACACGACUAACAUCAAUACAAUUCAAUGUGCAAACAUUUUAACAACGAGGCAGUAUUGGUGGUGUGGUGCCAACAACGAAAAUAUGGUUGACACAAAUGGGUAUUGUAUAGUUCAGAAUUGUAACAAUGGAAUAGGUAGUUUAAAAGGAAAAGCGGGUGUUUGCAAUCAGUGCUCAAAUAAUUAUCCAUAUUAUUAUGAAAACAAUUGCCACAAAUGUCAACAAGGUUAUUAUUACAAAAAUGGUAUUUGUAAUCAAUGUAAUGGGUGUUUUUCUUGUUAUAGUAAUGGAUGUAAAGAAGGAACGUGUUUAAAAAAUUAUUAUGGGAAACAAGUUUGGAAUAAUGAUCAACAAUAUUUUGAAUAUCAAUGUAUUCCAUGUGGAGUUGGAUGUUUUUCUUGUACUUCUGAUGGUUGUUUGGCAUGUAAUACUGGGUUUUAUUUCGAAAAUGGAAUUUGUACAACAUGUCCCAACACGUGUUCUUUGUGUUCCACAACAAGUCCAGAGUGUAUAUCAUGCCAGCAAAACUACGUGUUCCAAAAUCCCAAAACCCCUGAAUGUGAUUUGUGUUCUACUUUUGACUCAAAUUGCAAAACUUGUGAUUCAAAUUAUCUUAGAAAAUGUUAUGAGUGUCAAAUUGGGUAUUAUCCAUCUUCUUCAACUAACAUGUGUAUCAAAUGUUCUUCAACGUGUGAAUCGAAUGGGUGUAACACGUAUACUGGAGUAUGUCAGACAUGUGCUGACAAUUACACAAUAACAUCAACUCCAGGUGUAGACUGUGGUUUAUGUUCUGAUUUUAAUUCAUAUUGUGAAACAUGCUCAAAAACAUCGAGAAAAUGCAACAAAUGUAAAGCUGGUUAUUACCCACAAACUAAUUCACCAUUUACAUGUCAACAAUGUGACGAGACAUGUGGAAACAACUGUGAUCAAAUAUACGGGUAUUGUACUUCGUGCAAACUUGGUUAUGUUUUAAAACUUGAUAAACAAUCUUUAAUAUGUGAGUCUUGUCAAACAUUUGAUUCCAAUUGUCAGACAUGUGCUUUAAAUGGAGAGAGAAAGUGUCUUACUUGUAAAGAUAAGUACAGACCCGCAAGUAACGGGACUUGCAUCAAAUGUGAUUCAACUUGUUUGGAUAACUGUGAUGGAACAAGUGGAAUUUGUACUAAAUGUGGGAGUGGCUAUGUUCCUUAUAACCCACAACAAACAAUUUGUCAAGAAUGUUCUAAUUUCGACACAAAAUGUAUAAACUGUGCAACAAACAACACCCGCACUUGUAUAAAUUGCACAAGCCAGAUGUACCCAUCUCAACAACAAAAUAAUGAUGUUAUUUGUAUUAAUUGUGACUCAAUAUGUGCUGAUUGCGACACUACAAAUGGUAACUGUAAAAAGUGUUCAACACUAAAUUUUGUUGUUACAGAACCAAUUUCAAUAAGAUGCGAAAUGUGUUCCACUUUUGAUUCGAAUUGUGAGACGUGUUCUUCUGAUUCAAGUCGCUUUUGUACAACCUGUAAAAUUGGUCUUCGUCCAAACACAACAAGUGGGAAGUGUGUUGGGUGUGGGUUGCACUGUGCAUCUGGUGCAUGCAACCCAACGAGUGGGAUUUGCAACCAGUGUGAUACAAAUUACGUGUUUCAAAGCACAAAGACUGACCAAUGUGAGAGCUGUUCGACAUUUGAUGCCAAUUGCAUCACAUGCGCAUCAGACUCAACAAGGAAGUGCAAACAAUGUAAGGCGGGGUAUUACCCGAAGACAUCAGGCGACUACAAGUGCCAAAGCUGUGAUGCAACAUGUGGCGUUAAGUGUGAUACAACAACUGGAGUGUGUGCUGGGUGCACAAGUGGGUAUGUGCCAACAUCACCAAUCACAAACAAGUGUGUCACGUGCAACACUUUUGACAUUAAUUGUGCUGAAUGUGAAACAGACCAGCGAAAGUGCAUCAACUGUCAAAGUGGGAUGUAUCCAAACACAAAUGGGACAUGCACUCUGUGUGAAACAAGUUGCAAUGGGCAAUGCAACACAUCAACUGGUGUCUGUACAGGCUGCGCAACAAACCAUGUCUUCACCGACCCGCCAGGCAAAGUGUGUGUUACCUGCAAAUCAUUUGAUACAAACUGCAUCACCUGUGCCUCAGAUAACACGCGGCGAUGUUACCAAUGUGAAGACACGUAUUACCCGGGCAGUGAUGGUGUUUGUGUUAAGUGUGAGUCUGGGUGUGCGACGUGCAGCCCAAUCACCGGCGUGUGCUCAAAGUGUGUUUUGCAAUACGUCCCAAGUGCAAGCGACACCAAGUUGUGUCAGUCGUGUGAAUCAUUUGAUUCGAACUGUUUGCAGUGUGCAAGUACAUCUACGCGAACAUGCACAACAUGCAAAACGGAAGCGAUGUAUCCACAGAAUGGCAUAUGUGUGCCAUGCGAUUCGCCAUGCAAUGGAAAAUGCGACCCAACCAACGGGAAUUGUCGAAGCUGUUUUUCUGGAUAUGUGUUGACAAGUCCUGUUUCAAAAGUGUGUGAGAGUUGCCAGACAUUCGACAAUCACUGCCAAGCAAACUCGUGUGCAUCAAAUGGAAAUCGCAUAUGCACAAAUUGUACGACUGGCUACUUCCCACAAAGUGAUGGGAGAUGUGGACUGUGUGAUACAACAUGUGGUGGGAUGUGUAACACAGUAAGUGGGGUGUGCACCGGCUGUUCGUCCAACCACGUCUACAACCCAAGCAACACAAAGACGUGCAGAGUGUGCACCUUGCUUGAUGCAAAGUGCUCGACUUGCGACAGCAACUUUGGUAGUGAGAAGUGUGUUUCGUGUUCAGCAGGGUAUUACCCAGACAGCAAUGGUAAGUGCAUUUUGUGUGACAGCACGUGUGGUGGUAAGUGCGACACAACAACGGGUGUGUGCACUGGGUGUCUUGAUGGGCAUGUCAAAAACGGGAUGAGCUGUAUCAGCUGUGCUGCCUUUAAUGUGGAUUGUGAGACGUGUGACAGCAGCUAUGAGAAGAAGUGCACUGUCUGCAAAAACAAUAAAUACUCGGUGAAUGGUGUCUGUGUGGAUUGUGAUGAAAUGUGUGAUAACUGCGAUGGUGUGACUGGGAAGUGUAAAUCGUGUAGUGAAAACAGUGUUGUUCAGGCUGGCAGCAAUGACAUGUGUGAGACUUGCAGCACAUUUGACUCACUAUGUGUGACUUGUGCAAGCGAUGCAACACGCAACUGCGUCAAAUGCACAACAAACAAUUACCCCGUUCUCCAACUGAAUGGCGAGAAAAGAUGCCAACAAUGCGACACAACAUGCAGUGGAAACUGUUACACAGACACUGGGUAUUGCAAGAGCUGCUCGCAAAACUACGUUUUUGUCAGUGCAACAAGUCUUGUCUGUGAGAGUUGCAAAUCAUUUGAUCAGCACUGCACAACUUGCUCGCCAACAUACGAGAGAAAGUGUGUUACAUGCGACACGGGGUAUUACCCUAGCAGCAAUGGUACUUGUGUUUUGUGUGACUCCACGUGUGCAAACAGUUGUGAUGGAAGCACUGGAUACUGCAUGUCGUGUGUAACUGGGUUUGUGUUGUCUGCAUCACCAUCACAGCGCUGCAUCACAUGCGAACAGUUUGACGUGUACUGUGCUGAAUGUCCAGGCGGUGCAGAAAGAAAGUGCAGUGUCUGUAAGGCAGGGUAUUACCCGAAGACAUCAGGCGACUACAAGUGCCAAAGCUGUGAUGCAACAUGUGGCGUUAAGUGUGAUACAACAACUGGAGUGUGUGCUGGGUGCACAAGUGGGUAUGUGCCAACAUCACCAAUCACCAAUAAAUGUGUCUCUUGCAACACUUUUGACAUUAAUUGUGCAAAAUGUGUUGAUGACAAGAGAGAAUGUACAAUGUGUGAUAAUGGGAUGUAUCCAAACACAAAUGGGACAUGUAUUGAUUGCGACGCAAGUUGCAAUGGGCAAUGCAACACAUCAACUGGUGUCUGUACAGGCUGCGCAACAAACCAUGUCUUCACCGAUCCGCCAGGCAAAGUGUGUGUUACCUGCAAUUCAUUUGACACAAAUUGUAUCGCCUGUUCACCAGACUUUUCAAGGAAGUGCAAAGUGUGUGCAAUUGGGUUCUAUCCCGACGAUGCAUCUGGCAAAUGUGUUGCGUGUGCGACAAUAACAAAUUGCGACACGUGUUCGUCUGAUGCAAAGAAGUGCCUGACGUGCAAAGAUCCGUUUAUUCAGAAAAGUGGUGGUUGUGAAAGCUGUCCAAUUGGCGAAUACAAGUUCAGUGAAACAACAUACUCAAAGUGUUACAACACAAUCAACAAUUGUAACACUUGUGAUACAAUAUCUGUUGGCAAAGCAAAUUGCACUGCUUGUAUCUACCCUUACGUUUUGAAUGACACCAAAUGUGGAUUGUGCCAACCAAAUGAAUACUUUGACAACACAACAGGCACCCCAAAAUGUGUUAAGAAUGAUAUAAAUUGUGACAUUUUACAAAACAAAGAAAGCUGUCUGGACUGCAGUGACACUUUCUUUGUUUCCAACUCAAAAUGUGUAUCAUCUGGUAGUUGUGAAUCACCAACUUUAACUUCGUGUGACUGUUCAGACCAAAUAUCAAUCAACUCAAAAUGUACAUCACAAAUGGAUCAUUGUAAAUACCAGAAAUCCAAAAAGGGUGUUUCGACGUGUAUUACAUGUGAUGAUGAUAAUAUUCUGAACUACGGUGGUGUGUGUGAACAACAGAGUGUGUAUGGGUUGGUGAGAAAUGGAGUUGUUUUUGGUUGCAAAACGGGAACUUAUUUGACAAAUCAAAACACGUGUGACAGUUGUGGUGGAUCAAAUGCAGUGUGUUCAACACAAAACAAGUAUUUGACAUGUGGCGAUUCGGCAAUACUUGAUGUACAACAGAUGGCGUGCACCACCGAUACGCAAUGCAAUUCAGUUGUCGAUGGGCUGUGUGUUCAGUGCAAAGAAAAUGACAUGGAAAUUAUCAAAGGAAAGUGUUCGAAAUGCGAGACUGAAAACUGUGAUAUUUGUGUUGGAGGAACGUGUCAAAUAUGCAAAGUGAAUUACUUGAUGUACAGCACCAAUCGGUGUGUUAACAAAGAACAAGUCAAUUGUGAACGCACAAGCCAGAGUGGGUGUGCACAAUGUGAGGCUGGGUAUUAUCAAGUUGACACAAAAAACAUUGAAGGCAAGUACGAUUUCUGCACAAAAACAGAUGUUGAGUUACACUGCAAAUACUACUCACUUAAUACCACAACAUGUGUUGAGUGCCAAGACGCCUUCAACAUGAAAGACGGGCUAUGUGCUGAACAAUUUGACAAUCUCAAUAAAGUCAAGACACAAAAUGUGUCAGUAAGUAACAAGAAAAGUGCACUAAAAUCACAAGAAGAAAUCGACUGUUCGACACGAAAUAACAAAGGGUGUCAGCGAUGUCCAAAUGGGUAUUACCUGAACAAAAAUAGUUGCGAGAAAUGUGCAAAUGACUGUCUGAGUUGUUAUAAUGCAACAUAUUGCAUUUCUUGUCAUAGUAAAUACUUUCUAGACUUAUUUAUGAAAUGCCAGACACUUGGUGAAUUGGCCAAUAGGUGUGAAGUGCCAUUACCAGCUGGUGGAGGGUGUGCUAUUUGCAAAGUUGGGUAUUUCAAAGCAGAGAAAGACUGUGAUGUGUGUGACGAGUCGUGUGAUAUGUGUUUAAAGAAAAACGAGUGUUUGUCGUGUAAAGAUGGCUACAUAAAAAUUGCAAGUGAAUCCAACAAACUGUGUUUAUCAAAUACAACACUCUCAAACUGUUUACAAUCAAAUCUCGAGGGGUGUUUACUUUGUGAAGAGUCUUAUUAUUUACAAAAUGGGCGUUGUAUUAAUUGUAAAGAGAGUUGUGCAACAUGUGAAAAUAGUGUAGUGUGUUUAUUGUGUAAAGUUGAUGAAGUCUUAGUGAAAGGGAGUUGUGUUGAAUAUCACAUGAUAUCGAAUUGUAUUUCGUCAUAUAACUCGAAGUGCACUGCUUGUAAAGGGAGUUACAAAGUAUCGGAUGAUGGUGAGAGUUGUGUUUCUAAUACCAAAUAUGGUGUUGUAAUUGGUAUACCAAUUGCAUUAAUUAUUAUCAUAAUAAUAUUUGUAUUCAUUGUCUUGUAUCUGGCACUCAAAAUACAUCAAAGGCGUAUUAAACACAAAGUUGAUAAAAACGUGUGUACGUUUAAUAUGAAGCGAUCUAAUAUAUUGAUGAUUCCUUUAUGUGAUUCUCUUUGUACCAACAAAGAAAUUUUGAAAUUUGAUUUGGAAAAUGAUGAGUUUAUUCCCGUUGACAAAGAGACAAGAGACUUAGUAUGUAUUGGUAACACAUCAAAACACAACAUGAAAGUGCAACUGAGUGUGAUGAAUGGGUGUGAUUACUAUACAAUAAGAAGUAUUCCCUCGCUCGUUACACUCCAUAAAGGUGAGGCUUGUGAAUUUGAGAUCUUUAUCACACCACUGUGUUCAUGUCAAAUUAAUGAUAAAAUAGCAAUUAUUGCACUUGACAUCUCAAGUGGACAACAAAUCACAACAAGUGUUACUGUAAAUGUCACCACAGAAGAAUCAACAAAAUUGAACUACAGAGAACUUGAAGAAUCAAGUCAAAUUGGGGAAGGUUCCUUUGGUGUUGUGUAUAAAGGAACAUUUAGAGGUAAUACAGUGGCUAUUAAGAAAAUGAAAAUAAGUGGUGAACAAGACGAUAAUUUAAUGAUAGAGUUUGAAAAUGAAGUGCACAUGUUAGACAAAUUCCGAUGCGAGUAUAUUGUACACUUUUAUGGCGCCGUGUUCAUACCAACUAAGUUUUGUAUGGUCACUGAAUUUGCAGAGUACGGGUCGUUACAAGACUUGAUUAAGAAGAGAAAGAAAACUGAUGCUAUCAACAUGAAAAUGCGUGUUAAAAUAAUGUUAGAUGCAUCACGUGGAAUUUUGUAUUUACAUGAGAAUGGGAUAUUACACAGAGACAUCAAACCAGACAACAUUUUGGUUAUAUCAUUGAAUGUUGAUGACAAAAUAAAUGCUAAAUUAACAGAUUUUGGAAGUGCGAGAAAUGUCAACAUGUUAAUGACUAAUAUGACUUUCACCAAAGGUAUUGGAACUCCAGUCUAUAUGGCACCGGAAAUACUUAAAAAGGACAAAUAUAAGAAACCAGCAGAUAUUUACUCAUUUGGAGUGACUAUGUAUGAAUGUAUUGGCUGGUGUCAGGCAUACACAAAACAUCAGUUCAGAUUUCCAUGGAAAAUAGCAGAGUUUGUUAUUAACGGCAAACGAGUUGAGAAGAAAGAAAAUAUGCCUCAAGAACUUUUUGAUGUCAUUCAAAAAUGUUGGGCACAAGAUAUAAGAGAAAGAAUCGAUGCUAUAAGUAUUGUUAAUUUUCUUUCUGACACCACUUUUUAA